CGGAGUCGGGAUCAGCUCGCCUGCGUUCUACCAGCAGAAGCAGGAAAAAAUGUUUGAAUGGUGGCAUGGGAAACACGGAAAGUUGAAGUGAGAACUAAAGAAAAAACAGUGAAGAUUUGCAUGCUCCUUGCUGCCCAUUGUUUUGUGAAAGUGUACAAUGUGAACAUCAUUUCAGCUUUUAAUCCAGUAUUACCUAGUAUGAAUCCCCAAGAUCUCAGUACUAUGGUUUGGAUGGCACCGAUAACUUCCGCGUUAGACGAAAACUUGGCCAACUAUUACCCUCUGCCCUCUGUGCCGAAUGCUAUGGAGUCCGCUCAGCAGCCUCACGCUUUGCAGGACAUGAGCACACUGAUCAGUGAAUAUAACGGCCAUGUAACUGCCAUUCCCACGCCAACGGGCAUCGCAAACAUCCCGAGCGGAGCUACCGAACACCUGACAUUGACUAAUCAGGAAUUAUUCAAUCUCCAGCAGCACCAGCAGCAUCACCACCAGCAGCAACAACUUCUACAACAGCAAUUGGCUUUGGGCUACGGUUUCAUAGACCAAAACGGUGCGCUAGCGUCAGCUUCAGGGGCAGCUGCAGUUGCUCUGGGUGUUACUGCGCAACCACCACCAGCAACGGCAACUCUUGGUUCGGCCGCAGCACUAGCUGUUGGAGAAUUGCAAAUGCUUGAUGACCAUAAUGCUGAAAGUGAGAUGCCUGUUAAAGGAAUGGAUGAGAAUGCGACAAUCGCAGCAACCGGUGUUCCUUUGGCAAUCGGGACGGAUGAUACUGACGGUAUACCAGGUGUUGUCGAUGGAGAACUUGAACAUGCUCAAGAGCCAAUAAUGCAACCAUUCGGACCGUACAGCCAAAUGAUUGAUAGCAGCGGUGGUAGUGAUUAUUUAUCGAGCUCGGUGACGGCACAGGAAAGUUUAAUGCAUUUUAAACUUAUGAAUGACUCGCAGUUGCUGCAAGGCCAUUUCUUAGAUUACGAUAUGUCGCAGGACGACGGUUCGAAUAGCAGCAGCAGUGGUGGUACAAUUGGCACAAAUAAUAACAACCAGUAUAAUGAGGAUGCAAGCUCCUCCAUGGUGGAUGGCGCCAAGAUAGGGAAUGGGCGCAAAUCACGUUCCACCAAAAUACAUCACCGUCCCAACGAUUCGGAUGAUCUGCCGCCGCCGUAUCCAAGCAUGUACGCUGUACAAAUGCCAGAGCGAUUCGCCCAUAAAAAGAUCAAACCAUUUAAGCGGCCUGGUUUGGUGUUGAAAACACCAAUCGCAUAUAAAGGAGAUAUCGAUCCUUCAGUGAUACCAAUAGAACGAGACGGGAUGGCAAUUUGCGAAAAGUGCGGCGCAAUCGGAGUGAAGCACUCAUUUUACACCAAACAACGGCGCUUCUGUAGCAUGUCAUGUUCUCGGUCGUUCGAAUCGUUGCGAGUUUUCAAUCCAUCUCCGUAUCGACCUGGAAACGGUAGCAAAUGUUCCAUAACAGAUUACGGUGAAAACAAACAGCAUCAGACGACGUGCGUCGGAGAAAUCGGCGAAGGUACUGUUUCCGUACCACCCGACCAGUUAAUUAACGAAAUGGAUUGCGCCUCUCAAGGCGCCAAUGGACAAAUCGAUUGCAAAGAAUCGAUUUUGCUGCAACAGGAGCAAGAAGAACUUCUUCAACAAAAGCACCAAGAAGCGGAACAAGUACAAACAAUUGGCCAUCGUUUCAAGAUGUCAGUUAAUAAUGGGGAAGGAAGCGGUCCAGCUAGUGGCCGACAAGCUGCCGUUUUUCCUACACCGUCGAUCGUUAGUACCAACGUUAGCAAUAAUAGCAACAACAGUAGUCAGGAUGAAAACUUGAGUCUUACCAGCAUUAACAGUGCUGCAACUAUCGCUCAGGAAAUAAUACCACAAAAUGAGAUCCCACAACUACCCAGCGGGGACCGGUUGCCUUCACCUUGUCCACAGGAUGAUCGUAUCAACAGCAUUCGAAGGAAGCCAAACGAGUUCCAUAAUUCGUACGACUGGACGCAUUCCUUAUCUGACCGAAAUUUCUUGGCCGCACCUGUCACUUGUUUCCGCCAUGCUCCUGGCUAUGACAUGUGGCCCAACGUGAUAGUUGGCAUGAAAGUAGAGGUGGAGAACACAGAUUGCGAUGUUGUUCAACAGCCAGUGCUAGGCGGAACACCACACAGCUUCUGGGUUGCAUCCGUGCUACAAAUUUGUGGUUACAAAGCACUGCUACGUUACGAAGGAUUUGAUGCGAUGGAAUCAUCGAAGGACUUUUGGGUAAAUCUUUGUUCCGCCGAAGUCCAUCCGGUUGGAUGGUGUGCGACACGAGGCAAACCACUUAUACCUCCGAAAAGUAUAAAAAAGCCAAACCCCGAUUGGAAGGAGUUUCUUGUGAAACGUCUCUCGAAUGCUCGCACACUUCCAUCAACAUUCUACAACAAAAUCAGUGAUAGCUUUCGGUCACGAUUCCGAGUCGGUUUAAACCUUGAGGUGGUAGACAAAAAUCGCAUCUCACAAGUAAAACUUGCCACAAUUAAUCGUAUCGUCGGGAAGAGACUGUAUGUGCGUUAUUACGACAGUCCACCGGACGAUAAUGGGUUUUGGUGCCACGAGGAUUCACCCCUCAUUCAUCCGGUUGGUUGGGCCACCACAGUUGGCCACAACCUUGCUGCACCUGAUGAAUACAUGGAGCGAAUGAACGCGGCAAGUGAUCAAAUUCUUGAACCAAACGAAGACGAUGCAACGAUGGAUCUGUUCAAAACGAAUUUCUCAUUUGAGGAGUACUGCUACGAUGGAAGGCAGACAGGGUUUGAGGAAAAUAUGAAAUUGGAGGCUGUAGAUCCACUGAACCUGUCUUCGAUCUGCGUCGCAACGGUGAUGUCUGUGUUAAAGUUCGGUUACAUAAUGAUCCGCAUCGAUUCUUAUGACCCCGAUGUAAACGGAGCUGAUUGGUUUUGCUAUCAUGAAAAGUCGCCCUGCAUAUUUCCGGUCGGGUUUUGUGCAAAGAACAACAUCACACUUACACCACCGAAAGGUUAUGACCUGGGCAGUUUUACCUGGGAGCAGUAUCUGCGUGAUACCGGCAGCAGGCCUGCCACCGAGGAUAUAUUUCAUCGAGAACAGAUCCGGCAACGGUUUCAGGUUGGAAUGAAGCUGGAAUCCGCUGAUCUUAUGGAUCCAAGACUUAUUUGUGUGGCAACCAUUUCACGAGUGGUUGGAAGGUUGCUAAAGGUGCACUUCGAUGGUUGGGACGACGAGUACGAUCAAUGGUUAGACAGCGAAAGCCCCGACAUAUAUCCGAUCGGCUGGUGCGUACUCGUUGGCCACAAGCUUGAAGGGCCUCGUAUUCUCCCGAAGAUACCUCCAACGCAGAAAGUAUCGCCCAAAACAACCAAGAAGGGUAUAAAAAGGAAGAAGAAACUUAAAACGGAACCAAUCGGGUCACACAAUGAAGAUUGUGAGUUUCGUGCUCAACCUGCGCCAACAACCCGAACAGCUCGUAUUAAGAAGGAACAGCAACAUUUUGAACAGCAGAAACAGCUAUCAACGACGCAGUUGGAGUACAGCGCUCAUCUCACGGUGCCCCCUUCCUAUCAGCAAGGCUAUGGAGAUGUUAGCACCACGCUACUUUUGAAUGAACAUUUGAACCCAGCACACGGCGGGUUGCUGCCAUCGUCUCUUCAAGCUUUUAUCAAACAUGAACCUAAUCAUGAUUCAUCUACUACAUUGUUAAGUGGCACUAGUGCCCUUGGGCCAAUCUUUGACCAUUCUACCGGCGCAGAUAGCAUCUACGGUGAUGAGCGAACUGAGGAUGAAGAUGGAGAAUCAAGUUCUGCCACAGGGCUUCCUUCGACCGCUCCGUCAUCCGAGAUCGCCGAUAACGAACUGGAAAAGAUAAUUCCUCGACUGCUUAAUCAAGACAUGAUGGUGGUCAAUAGCAAUUCUCCUGACUCCAGUGUCGUUGGAUCUGGGAUGAGCAGUAAUAGUCAAACUAAUUCCAAUGGCAGCAGUGGUUCCGCAGCUACCGCACCCGCUUUCGGCAUUACUAGUAGCAAUCAGAUUUGCCCAGAAAAUUGGGAAGUUAAGGAUGUAGCCACGUUUCUUGUGAUCAACGACUGUGGCGUUCAUUCGGAGCAGUUUGUACAGAAUUGCAUUAAUGGCAAACGAUUACUGGAACUGAGUAAGGAUGAUAUCAUCACGCUGCUCAGUCUUAAGGUAGGGCCCGCGCUCAAAAUCUUCGAUCUCAUCCAGCAGCUUAAGUGCAAAAUAGAUCCGCUAAAAUCACGUCAUCUUGCAAAAGGUGGAAGCAAAAAGUUUCUAUAGUUACAGCUAUUCUGUACAUCAGGAUAAUAAUUGGUCCAAAGCAUCUGAUCACCCAAUCCUUAAUAGACUCUGCUAUAUAUUGUCGAUGUACGUUGCUUUUUUCAUAUUUGGUUUUCCAAGCAAAUAAUCUGUUUUAUUAAUAGAUUAGAGUAUACCUUUUCCUCGGAAGAUAUUCGUGAAAGCAUUCUUACAUCUUUUUCAAAACUAUUGCGCAGAUUUAAUCAAAUCCUUUUUUCCGCACAGAAAACCAAUACGCAGAUACAAAAGUCAACAGAUUGCCGAUUGCGAGAUUGCCUAAGUAUCAUGGUUUUGUACUUCCUUUUCGUAGAUCUUCCUUUUAGUAGAUAUGAUAAAAGGAAAUUUAUAGAAUUAUUCCUAAACAUACUUAUACUUCCAUCCUUUCGAACCCUUUUCUAAUAAUACAUUCGAUUGUAUUAUGCUUGAAUAGUUAAUUCAUUUUUUGUGUCUUCAAUAGCAUUGGAAAAGAAUAUAAAAGCUCUAUUAUGGAUUGGAAAUGAAUAAAAUUGUUAACCCAGUGACUAGACUUUUUUACUUUGCAUUUUGAAUAAAAUUAAACAAAACAUUUUUUGAAAGGCGAUCAGGAUGUUUGAAGUCUCAGUGGUUGCACCCACGGUGUAAUCGGUGUGUGCGGUUUCCUUACAAAACUUUUAUUUGAUUAUUUUAUUUUUCUAUGUAACAGACGGGGCGGGCCCGGAAUUUAUUAGCUUAAUAUGCCGGCCCCAGAUGUGGGAUGUGGGUACAAAACUUUCAUCAGAUCUGGGAAUAUUAUUUCUACCACUUGUAGAAAUCAAAUCAUCAACAGCGAAAAGCACAAAAUCGGAAUCGGAUUAACUGAAAGCAGGAACUCAUAGUUUCAGGGAAAUUCAGCACUGCAAAUACAUGUCUGAAUGUAGAAUAAGGCACGCUUUGUUCUAUGCUAAUAUUAUUUUCAAAAAUGUCCUUAUCUUUUCCGAUGCUUAAACGAAACCAUAUCGUCAACAAAAACCAGCACUCAAGCUAGCAAAUUAUACAAAACAAUAAUGACUGAACACAGAAUUAUAUAGUAUCAGUAAGCGAAUAGAUCUGUAGUAAACAACAAGUGCCAGCAGAAAAGAUUCAGCUUGAACAAUAUUUCGCAAAACAAACACAACGCGAAACAUGUUUUCGCGGUGAUUGGGUUGAAGUAACUUUUCUAGAUCUUUUUCUGUUUUCUGUUAAAGCCCCCCAACUUGUAUAGGGUUACAUAGAUAGGUUGGUUCGAGGGUAAUUUGGUAAAUUAAAAAAAGACCCAAAGUAUAGAAUAAAAGCAGUAAAACGUGCAUCAAAACAUAUUGCCAUCCUGGACAAAUAGCAAAGGCACGAUGAGGCGAACGAGCUCACGUUGGCCCACAGGUUUGCUAAUGAAGAUAAUGGUUUGAAGAACGAAAUAGCGCUUACGCAAUAGUGAAAAUGAUAAAUGAAGAGCAUUUUCAUCGUAGCAGCAUGGAAAAACGUAUUGUUUGCACCAAAAUGAGUAUCCCAAUAACAACUUUGAAGAAUCGAUCUGUAGAAAGAGAUCACUCAAAAAAGAGGAGAACAAAAAUUCGACAUUCACUCCGAAUCAUGUUGGGUGGAAAAUUGGCAACGGCUAUUAUCACCGACGCCAAAAAUGACUGUAAUUAUUAUGUUAAGUGGAAGUAAACGGCUUCACUUCCAGUAUAAGUGUGCAUAGAUGUGCAUGAUAAAAGCAUGAUUAUGAUAAAAGAUUGAUAUUGGUCAGUUAAGAUAUAUACAAAAAUAUAAGAACUGUAAAGAUAAAUAGUAUAGAUGCGAAGAAGCAAGUAUCAUAGACGCGGUGCGCAGCGUUAUUUGAAACCGUGCUACUGCGAGGGCGAGUAAAUAUUUUACUAAAAAAGAA